GAUAAAACCACUCCACAACUGCCAUUUGUAAAGGUAAGUUGUGUAAAAAAUAAUAAGAAUUCAAGAAUUCUAUAUCGACAUUAUGCCGCCAAAAGUUAGUGGUAAAGCUGUGAAAAAAGCUGGUAAAGCUCAGAAAAAUAUUAGUAAAGCUGAUAAAAAGAAAAAAAGGCGGAGGAAGGAAAGUUAUGCUAUUUAUAUUUAUAAAGUGCUUAAACAAGUGCAUCCUGAUACUGGUAUAUCGAGUAAAGCAAUGAGUAUCAUGAACAGUUUUGUGAAUGAUGUAUUUGAACGUAUUGCUGCAGAAGCAUCAAGAUUAGCGCAUUAUAAUAAACGUUCUACUAUUACUUCUCGUGAAAUUCAAACUGCUGUGAGACUUUUAUUACCUGGUGAAUUAGCCAAGCAUGCAGUUAGUGAAGGUACUAAAGCAGUUACCAAAUAUACCAGUUCUAAAUAAGAAAAGAUAAUAUCUUAUAAAAACGGUCCUUUUCAGGACCAACAAAAAAA